AUAAUCAACCAUUUUGAAUUCCCAAGGCCACCUAUAAAAUCGGUGAAUCAGGGUUUAGUCUCUCUCUCCCUUUGCCGACGAUGGCCGAAGAACAAUCCGCCGCCGAGACAACCGUCGUACAGACACCAUCACAGGAAACCGUGGAGUCCAAGACCGGCGGCAAACGAGCGAGAGAGGAAGAAACCGUGACACCGGAAACUAAAAAGACCAAGGUAGAUGAGAAAGAAGUAAGGAAGACCGGUCCUGUUGAUGUUGGGUAUAAGAAGUUCGAUGAGUCUGUGGAGAUGUUUGAUUACUUUUAUAAGCUUCUUCAUUACUGGCCUCCCAAUUUGAAUGUCAAUAAGUAUGAGCAUACAAUGUUGCUGGACCUGCUAAAAAAGGGUCACCUAGAAGCCGAAAAAAAGAUGGGUACCGGAAUCAAUGCAUUCCAAGUGAGGUAUCACCCACAGUGGAAAAGCAGAUGUUUUUUUGUUGUUAGAGUUGACGGGUCAGCUGACGAUUUCAGUUUCCGCAAGUGUGUUGACCACAUUCUCCCCUUGCCGGAAAACAUGGCAGUUAAAUCUGAUGUGAACAAAGCGUUGGGUGGCGGUCAUACUAGUGGCGGAAGGGGUGGUGGCCGUGGCAAUUGGCGUGGACGCGGUAGAGGGGGCAAACCAAGAAACUGAUGGAAGACUAUUGGCAAGAAAAUGCACUGACAUGUAGUGUUGCCUUGAUUUUGAAUUUUGGAUUAUGUUUCAUGGUUUAGUGAGCCUGGAAAUUGAGAGUUACCUGGUUUAUUUAUUGGCAAAUUAUAUUUUAAUGAUAUCCAAACUAUGAUUAUAGCCCAAUAAAGAUUUGACCUUUUAAGUUGUUUAAAAA